AAGACCACCGUAUUGACAUUGGAUGCAUUGGCAAACCUAUAUAACACGAGCAUUUACAAAUUCCAACAAAAUAAUAAUAAUAAAAGAAAAAACAAUGCUUUUCAAGCUCAGUAUCAUCAAUCGAAGUCGAGCUCGAGCUCUCCCUUCUCUGAAUCAAUCCUUCUUCUCCUCCGCUCCAAACCCUAGACAACGAAACAAUGGCGAUGGAGAAGAAGACGAAGCCGUGGACACCAUCUUCCACAUCGUCACCACCUCUCCCUCCGAAUCCUCCAUGAUCGACUCCCUCAACCAGUCCCCAAUCCUUCUCACCAACUCCCUCAUUGAUGCCCUCCUCCUCCGUCUCCGCUUCAGCCACGCCAACCCUCACCGCGCCCUUCACUUCUUCUCCUUCACCUCCAAUCGCCGUGGCUUCUUCCACUCCUCCUCCUCCUACGACACCAUGCUCUACAUCCUCGGACGUGCUCGCCUUUUCUCCCACGCCUGGCAACUGCUCGUCCAAAUGCGCCGCAAGGACUCAACCCUAAUCACCCCCAAAACCCUCCAGAUCAUCCUCGGCCGCAUCGCUAAGGUCUGCUCUCUGCGCCAAACCCUCGAUAGCUUCCGCAGGUUCAGCAAAAUCUCAUCUUGCUCUGAUACUGUUUGGUUUAAUGCCUUACUGAGAACUCUGUGUCAAGAGAAAACCAUGGCCGAUGCUCGCACUGUUUACCACUCUUUGAAGCAUGAUUUCAAGCCUGAUUUGCAAACUUUCAACAUCCUCCUCUCCGGCUGGAAAUCCUCCGACGAAGCCGAGCACUUCUUCGAAGAAAUGAAGCUUCUCAAUGUCAUCCCAGAUGUCGUCUCCUACAAUUGCUUGAUCGAUGUCUACUGUAAAAACAGAGAGAUUGAGAAAGCACGCAAAGUGUUCGAUGAAAUGCACGACAGAGAAAUCAACCCGGAUGUGUUCUCGUACACAAGCUUGAUUGGUGGGUUGGGAUUGAUAGGCCAACCAGACAAAGCUAAAGAGCUUUUGAAUGAGAUGAAAGAGUUGGGUUGCUACCCCGAUGUCCCGGCUUAUAAUGCAGCUAUCCGGAACUAUUGCAUUGCGAAACGGAUCGGUAAUGCUUUCGGUUUGAUGGAGGAGAUGAUGAGCAAAGGAUUGGUUCCAAAUGCAACUACUUAUAAUCUCUUCUUUCGGGUUUUUUACUGGGCUAAUGAGUUGAAGAAUGCCUGGAGUUUGUACUUGAGAAUGAGAAGGGAAAAUUGUUUGCCGAACACGCAGUCUUGUAUGUUUCUUAUUAGAUUGUGUCGGAGGCAGGAGAAGGUGGAGAUGGCGAUCGAGUUGUGGAAUGAUAUGGUCGAGCAUGGGUUCGGUUCCUUCACAUUGUUCUCCGAUGUGUUGUUUGAUCUUCUUUGUGAUUUUGGGAAGUUGGAGGAAGCCGAGAAGUGUUUUUUGCAAAUGGUGGAUAAAGGUCACAAGCCAAGCAAUGUUUCGUUUAGACGGAUAAAGGUUCUUAUGGAGCUCGCAAAUAGGCAUGAUUCUUUGCAAACACUUUCCGAUAAGAUGGCAUUUUGUGGACGACAUUCGCCUAAUAAUAAUAUUAUUCGAAGCAGUUGACAGCGAGUUUUGUUUGUGUAUGCUAAUGAAUUUGAUCAUAUGUGAAAAAUGAUGAGAGAAUUAAGCUGUGAAAUGAUAUGGCCGGGCUUGUGCACAUUGGUUUUGUAUGUGUUAUUUAAUCAUCUUUGUAGUUGGAAGAAGCCGAAAAAGGUUUCAGAUGUAGUAAAAAACUGAGUUCAAUGUUUCAUUGAAUUUUGCAUCGGAAUUAGUUGCA